AUUAGCAUAUCGAUCAAGAUGGCGACGGCGUCAGAAAAUGAUUGCCUUAAUGAUCCAAACUUUGCAGUAAUAUGCAAUUUUUUGGACCGCUUUGGUGAAAUAAUAGGUCUUGGUGAUAUAUCUUACACAGAUCUCCAAACAUGGCUGGAAGACACGAAGCAUGUACCCUCAUUUUUAGUCGAUUUGCAUGUGAAACUUCUAAGAAGAAUGGGGAAAAGUUCAGUGUCGACUGACAAAUGGGAGCGAUAUGUCAUUAAGUUCAUACACACCUACUCCAGUGUUGAUGCCUGGGAGGUAGAGAGAUUUGGAUACAAGCAUUGCAAAAUAGCAACGAAACUAACAAUCUUAAAGAACCUCCUUGAGAAGCAGUUUGACUUCAACUCAAAGUUUAAAGAACAGAUAAAUGCCAAGCCUGCUGAGGAUAUGAGGUUUGAGCCACUUGGUCGAGAUAGAAAUGGAUUAGCCUACUGGUAUCUCAUUGAUAAGGAGUUCAAUGUCCGCGUGUACAGAGAAGAUCAGGAUGACAUUGACGCAGAAACCUGGGAAGUUGUUUGCAAGAACAGGAAUGACCUGGCUGAGUUGAUUGACUCGCUGGAGGAUCAGAUCGCUGGUAAUGAGGUCAAGGAGGACAGCGAGUCCGAGGCUGUAUCAUUGACAGAGAACACAAAUGGUGCAGUCAAGAAAGAAGAGAAGGUGGAUUCAGCUGAGGAGGAGGUGAACGGUUCAUCCACCGUGAAGAAGGAACCAGAUAAGAUGGACGAAGUAGACGGAGCAACGGAAGAAAAGGAUGAUAACACAGAGGAAAAGAAAAAUGUUGACGCAGUAAAAUGUGAAAGUAAGGACCCAAAACAGAAAGUGAAAGUAGAGGUCAAAAGUGAAGAUUCUGUACAGGAGGAAAAGAAUGUCAAGAUGAAAGAAGAACCUCAUCAAGAAGUGAAAUUAGAGAAUUCUGUAAAGGUUGAAGAAUCUUCUACUAAAGAGGAGAAAAUUAAAGAUAAAGAAAUUAGUGUUAAAAGUGAGAUCCCUGAAGAACAGGGAGGAAAAGAGGAAAAGGGGGGUAAUAAUGAAGACACUGUGACAGUGAAACUGGAAAAAACAGAUAUUAAGGAAGAAAGGCCCACAAAGAUAGACAUGCAAGAUAGAGUGGAAGAGGCAGAAAUUAAAAAGGAAGAAUCCACAGAUGUGGAUGCAUGUACAAUGAGUAAAGCAGAAGAAGCAGAAAUCCCAAAGGAAAAUGAAUUGGCAGAUACCUCACACAAGGGAAAGGAGGGGGCACCUGAUGAAGACGACCACAGCAAGGGGGGAGAGACAGGAGAAACUAAAACUGAGAAAUCUGUAGAGGCUAGUGCUUCAGGUGAUGAACCUUUGGAGACUAGUGCUUCAGGAGUUAAAGAUACUGAACCAGAAAAUAGUAAAACAGAUGGAAUGAAAAAGGGAGAGCAAUCAGAGGUAGCGACCUCAGUGAAAGAGACCAGGGAAACUGACACAUCAGGUAGCAAUGUCUCAGUGAGUAGUAAUGAUAAAGCAGUGGGUGGGGAGAACAGGGAACAGGAAAGGUUAACUGGGACUGAUACGGUAGAAUGCACUGAUAAUAAGACAACUGAGGCUGAUAAAACUGUCAAGUGUGAUUCUGUAAAAGAAAAGGGUGAUCCUGAAGAUCGAAAUUCUAACAAUAUUGAACCUAAUGAAGCAAACAAUCACAGUAAAAGUAGUACUGUCACUGAAAAUAAGACAGAAAUUGAUACUGAAAAAGAAGAUAUUCUGAAAAAAGAUGAUAGUGAAUUAAAGUUAAGUCCUGAAAAAAAUGUGAAUGACACUUAUAAUGAGAGUAAAGAAAAAGCACCUGAAGAGGAAAGCCACAAAGAAGAAGAAAAAGUGAAGUUAAAGGACAAUAAAGAUUUGAAAGAUUCAGGGAAGGAGGAUAAAUCAGGGAAUAUCCCUGAGAAAAGUCCAGCUACAAAGUUGUCUGGUGAUGGUGAGGUAGAAUCUCCAAACUCAGAAAGUAAAGAAACACAGAAAACCGAAAAUAAGGAAACCAAAGAAAAUACACAGAGUGAUGUCUCUGCAGAAAUUACAGAGAGAGAAACACAGGAAAGUACAGAAAAUGGAGAAGCUGGAACAGUAGAUGCCAAUAAGAGAGAAAGCAACAUAGAGGUUACAUCAGAGGAGGCAGGCAAAGGUAAACAUGAUCAAACAUCAGAGAAGCCUGACCUUACAUCCAAUAAGUCUGAGGUUUCAACAGAGAAACCUGACCAUACAACAGAUAAGUCUGAUAUUACAUCCAGUAAGUCACAGCAGUCUGCAGAGAAACCUGACCAUACAACAGAUAAGUCUGACGUAACAUCCAAUAAGUCUGAGGUUUCCACAGAGAAACCUGACCAUACAACAGAUAAGUCUGAUAUUACAUCCAAUAAGUCACAGCAGUCUGCAGAGAAACCUGACCAUACAACAGAUAAGUCUGAGGAUUCUACAGAGAAGAAAAAGGAGAAAAAUGAUGAUGACAGUGAAAAUAAAUCAGCUGAGAAAACAGAAGAAUCUACUAAGGAAUCAAAAGAAGCGCAUUCUGAGAAUGAUUCUAAUGCUCUGAAACUGAAAGAGAAAACAAAGAAACCAAACCUUAAAGGGGGCCGUAAGAGAGGGAUAGAGUACGAAGAAUCAGCUGAAGAUUCCCCCGUAGAACCCAACUCCAAAAAAGCCAAGGAUGGCAAGAAAAUCAUUCCACGGGGAAAACGCAGGACUCCAAAGAAAGUGGACUCCUCUUCUGACAGCGAUGAUGUACCACUGAGUAAAAUAGGGGCCAAGAAUGGGGACUCCAACAGAAAACGCCCCGAGUCAUCCCCCAAUGUACCCUCCAGGAAAAGUAACAGACCUGUCAAGAAGAAGAAAAUUUCCAGUGAAGAAGAGGAUGAGAGUCCAAAGAAAACAAAGUCUAAACGAAAAAAUAAUAUGGAGAAAGGGAGUGAUAGUGAGGAGGAAGGGAGCCCAGCACCAAAGAAAAACUCCAAGAAAUCAAAACCACCCACCAAAAAGACAAAGAAACAAGAACCGGACUCUAGUGAUGAAGAUGUCCCACUCAAAAAUACGAAAAAUGCUAAAAACAAACCAAAACCGAAGUCUGAGGAAGCUGUUCCUAGCGACGAGGACGACCAGGGGAGGAGGAGGAGUGCUCGCGUGAGGAACAUGAGACAGAGAAAGGAGCCAACACCUGAGCCCUCGAGCUUCGAGGAGGACAAUGUGGACAGCGAGUUUGAGAUCGGCUCAGAACAGGAAACUACGGACGACGAAUUUACUCCAACCAAAGGACGCAAUGCACAAAGACAAGAAGCCCGUAAACGUCAGUUAGAAGAAGACGAAGCAGAAGAAGAUAUUCCUAAUGAUACACCGUGCUGUAAAUGUCAGAAAACUCAUCAGCCAGAAUGGUUAUUAUUGUGUGAUAAAUGUGAUGCAGCCUUCCACACCGCUUGUCUCCGACCACCACUUAUGAUUAUUCCGGACGGAGAUUGGUACUGCCCGCCCUGUGAACAUAAAUCUCUGGUCACUCGGUUACAAGAAAAUCUUAAAGACUUAGAUACCAAUCUAAAGAAGCAUGAGAGAAUUAUUAAAAGAAAACAGAGGCUAGCAUAUGUUGGAAUUAGUUUAGACAACAUUCUGAAAGAGGAGUACAAGGAGAGGAAGGAGAAUAUAGCCCCAGAGGAGGAAUACGAGAGUGAGGAGGAAAGCCGCGACAGUUUUAACCCCAAACCCCGCAAAAGUAAAUACAUCAAACGCUCGUGUAGACAGCGGAACACCAUCAGCUACAAGUUUGAGGACUUUGAUGAUCUGAUUGACAAGGCCAUUAAACAGGAGGUGGAGGAGGUUAAAGAGUACAAGAAACAUAACUACGGUCGCAGUCGAGGUAAGGACAUGGCCAAUAUUUACGAAGCUGAGGGUCGUGAAUACGUACCCUCCGAUGAAGAGAAAUCUGACAAGCCACCACCAGUGGUCAGCAGGAAAAAGCGAGCCCGACGACUGACGACACUGGACAGCGACGAUGACAAUGACGAGGGAGAUGAAAGUGAAGAGUUCCAUCUCUCAGAUGAGACCGUGUCUGAGGUCCCUGAGGAGGAGCAGGAGGACAGUGAGGAUGAUGAGGAUGAGGUGUCAGACUACAGCGAGGACGGAGAGGGCUGGAGGUCAUGUCGAAGGUCAUCCAGGUACGGGAAACCCACCAGGAGGAGCUCACGCAAACGAGGACGACACUCCAUCUUCAAAGACUUUGUUGUUGAUGAGGAUGAGGACAGUGAGGACAACAGGAGGACGGCCCGGAGGUCAGUGAGGAAGAGGGCGACCUAUAGAGACCCGUCCAGUGAGGAGGAAGAGGAAACAGAGGAGGAGACGGAGGAGAGCUUCGACAGCGAAGAUCUGUGUUCCGAGGACAGCGACACCAAAAACAAAAAGGGCAAACAGAAGAACGACAUCACAAAAAAGAAGAAGAUUGAAAGUAAUUCAGAGACCGAGGAGGAAAGUGAUGAAUCUCGUACAAAAAAGAAAUUCAAACCCUCAAAGAAAAAGGCAAAAAAGAAAGUAGAAGAAAGUGAAAGUGAUUCUGAGGAUGACCACCAGAGAAGGUCACGAAGGAAUGUGAAGAAAAUUGACUUCAAAUCACUUAUGUUGUCUGAAACUGAGAGUGAAGAUGGAGGGAAAAGCAGCAAAAAGAAGAAGAAGAUUUCUAGCAGUGAGAGUGAUGUUAGUGAUGAGACGGGAUCAGAGAGUGAGAAUGAGGAGGUCGUGAAGAAGAAGAAGAACGUCAUCCGAGACGAAUCCUCAGGAACGGAUGAAUACGAACCCGAGGAAAAGGAAAGCAAAGAGGAUAAGAGUGAAGCCAAUGAUAAAAAUGAGGAUGCAAAACCAAAGGACAAGGUGGAGGAAAAAAUUGAUGAAACGUCUGUUGACAGUUCUGUUGUAAAUAAUACAUCUAAUAACAAUGAACAAACUGAAAAUGCAGGUGUGAUGAAAUCUCAAGAAACACCACUAUCUCAUCCAAAUGUUCCUCUUACAGUCACUAGUGAACAUUCAAGUGCCCCUGUGAAUAGGAGAUUUGAGGAUCAAGGCAUUCCUCCAAAUAUGCCUCCUCAGCAGGAAAACAUGUUUCCAAACUUUCCAAAUAUACCUCAAGUCCAACAGAAUGUUGGCUUUCAACCGCCUGGACAGCAGUUUCCAAACCAAAGACCACCUUUCCCAGGAAUGGAACGACCUAGUUUUCAUCCUCAGCCUGGUCCACUGAAAAGCCCCCCUCAUGUACCCAGCAAUCCCCCCAGUCAUCCACAUAUCCACAAUCAGCGACACAUAUCAAGUCCAUCCCAGGGGAUGUCAAGUCCCCCUCCAUUCCAGAACCGAAUGGUCAGUCCACCACAUCAGAUGACCAGUCCUUCCCACAAUCAAGCCCCUCCCCACAAUCAGAUGAAUCAAUGCAUGCCCUACCCCUCCAAUCAGAUGGGACUUCGUUCUGGUGACCCUCAGCGCUUCCCUAUAGGUUCCCCUCCUGUUCCAUCGUCCCAGGCCACUCAGAUGCCUUUUGAUUUAAGGAUGAAUCCUAACAGAAUGCCCAUGGAUUUCAGAGGACCACAUCCAAGGAUGAUGAAUAGCUCAAACUCGUAUCCACAGUAUGGACCCAACAUUGGAAAUGUUCCACCAGGAUCCCAAGCUACAAACUUUCAAAACCAAAUGAGAAUGCAUGGUCCUAUGCAGUCUAGGAUGGAAGGCCCAGGACAAAUGGAACCUGUAACUUCUUCACCAGGUGGCCCUUUGACAUCACUUGGACAAAUGGUUGCACCUGGAUAUCAGAGUCAACCACAGCAAAUGCCUAGACAAGGUGUCCCUCCAAAUUCCAUGAAUAUGGGAAUGCCAAGACAUAAUAUGCCACAAACACAGCAAAAGCCUCAUGGUAUGCCCCCAACUACUGCAACUCCAAACACUGGUAUGCUGCCAAAUACUCAAGGACAGCAUAUGCCUCCAAACUUGCCCAUGCAUAACAUGCCACAUUCUGGUUCUCAAGGCAUGGGAUUCAAUAUGCCAGGUCAGGGGGGAAUGCCACCUGCCUAUCCAGGGCAAACUCCCUCCUUCAACAGCCCUAAUCAAGGCACAGCACCACCAUCAGCUGAAACUCCAAAGACAAAAUCUAAGCGAGGCAGACCUAAAGGCAGCAAAACAAAAAAGAAAAAGGAUGCUCCAAUAGAAAAUGAUGAUUCUUCCAAAUCUCCAGGGUCUUCUCCCCAAGUAGACCCUCCAAAACUUCCCUUCCCUGCCUCACACACAGGAGAAAUGGAUCAGAGACAGAUGCAUCCAGCGGGUGUUCCAGAAGGUCUGCAGAGACCAAUGAUGCCACCUGGUGGUCCAGAGGGGGUACAUAGACCCAUGAUGCCUGGAAAUGAAAAUAGGUCAAAGCCCCCACCAUAUGUUCAUAGAAAUGAAGCAAGUCAGAGACCUCCAGUCAGCCAUGUUCCCCCAAGUGAUUUUGGUAGCAGACCUCCUGAUUCAAAUACAUCAUCGACUGAAGCAAGUCAAAGAGUAAAAGAUAGUGAAAAACGUAAAAAUUCAAUAGACAGUGAUAAAGGGCCUGUGGAUGAGACCAAUCCAAGCCCAGCCAGUAAUGUAGUAGUACAAAAAACCCCAACAAGUGAAGGCAGCAGCAAACAGGCAGGAGAAACUGAAGUUAGUAACAGGUCAACUAGUCAUAGGCCACCACCAAUGGGUUUAAUGGGUCAAAGACCACCUGGUCCAGAAAUUGGUCAUAGACCGCAUGCUCCAGAAAUUGGUCAUAGACCACAUGCUCCAGAAAUUGGUCAUAGACCACAUGCUCCAGAAAUUGGUCAUAGACCACAUGCUCCAGAAAUUGGUCAUAGACCACAUGCUCCAGAAAUUGGUCAUAGACCACAUGCUUCAGAUAUGGGCUCACGGCUGAUGGUUCCCACUUCUGGCCAGAUGGGUCAGCCUCCUAUGCCACCACAGUUCAGCGAGAUGGGUCAAAGACCAAUUCAUCCAGGCAUGAUGCCUCCUAGAAUGAUGGACCCUAGAGGCAUGAUGAUGUCACAAGGGCACCCAGUGAGAGCACCAAUGCCCUAUCCAGGGUAUCAUUAUAACAGGGAGCACUUUGGUAUCAAUGGACACCCAGCGUCGGUACACUCUUCUCUACAGGAUCCUGGGUUUCCAGGCAUGAACCCACCUAUGAUGAGCUCACCUCAUCAGAACCCAAUCAUGCACCCCAGUCAAGUGGCCCAACCCUUGGGAGGAGGACGGGGUUUUAUGAUAGACAAUCUGUUAGAGAAAAACCAAAAAUCUGGGAUGUCUUCAUUCUCUGAAAAUAUGGAGGAGGGAGGUUCUAAUGCUGAGGAAAGCAAAGCGGACCCACCACAGAUGGAGCAGGAAUACGGGUCAGGUUUCCAAGGUGACCAGGAGGAGGAGGGGGUGUCAGACAUUGCUGACAUUGUCAAGUGUUUUAAGGCAUAGGAAGCUGAUUUUCUUGUGUCACAUGACCUGUCUUCCUGGUGAUCGUCAUGGAGAACCAGCUUAACCAAUCAGAAGCUGCUGCUACAGUAUUCAAAUAGUACGUACUCAAUAGACGCUCCUACUACCAAGAAGGACAUCCCAAUGAAGAGGUUACAGUUUGCUGCAGUAUAAAGUCCCCUAUAGACAAAGUCAAACUGGUCUAUAGCAGCUUUGAUUGGUGGUUAACAGUGUUAUCAUGUAUUCACAUUUGAGCUCGUUUCCAGUAUGAAGAGGAAAGAAUUGAAGAAAAUUAAGCUGUGCAAUCCUUCUUGUACAUAUACACUUGUAUUGCAUUUAAUCAGCUGAUUGACAGAAGGAAUGUACAUGUGUGCCCUCUCUUUCUGUUGCAGUCAUUAAAUCAUACAUUUAGAGUCAUCUUUUAUAACUGCCUAUAGGGUUGUGAUUGCAUUUUUUAAAAAAAAAUUUUGUACAAAUAUAUAAUGUACUUAAUUUUGCAGUGCUUUGUGUAAGGAUUUGAUGAGAUGAUUUCCCCCAUCUCCAAAUACUGGUAGUUUCAGUUCCAAAUUGUGUACAUGUGCAAUCAUGUUUAGGUUGAAAAUAUGUUAUUUUCCUAUUUUGCCAGUAGCUGUUUAUAUAUUAUGUAAACAGUAUUUGUUCUACUUUUAAGAUAUUAUUGUUGACUUUAUUUACAAGUGUUACUGAUUUUAUGAAAAAAAAAAAUCUCCCAUUUUGAAUUGCAUCUCGUCACUUUUUAAAAGUUCAUUGUGUGUUUUGAUAAUUUGUAUUGUUUACAACAUUGUUAUUUAAGUGUAACUUAGACCUUAGUUUACUUUGUUUAUUGAAAUUGACCAGGAACUUUCUAUACAAGGAAUGAUCCUGAUUCACACACAUUUAUGUAUAUAAAAAUGGGGGGGGGGGGGAUUAUGUUAACUUUGUUCCAAAAUGGAUCAUGUACAAACAAGCUUUACCAAGGCAUUGACUUCUACAUGUAUUUCACGUAGAUCAUGUUUUAGUGUGUAUUUUGUACGAUGUAUUUUGCACUAAAUUUUUUUUGCAUAUAGAAGAGGUGCUCAACAUUUAUACUACUUACAUAUAUAUUGUAAAUUAUGUAACAUAUAUGUAAAUACAAUUUUUUUUUACUUAUAUAAAUAGUAGACCAUGUAUCAUUCAUUCUUUUUGUAAAUUUAAGAUCAUAUAGAGCUUGUUACAAGUUGUGUAUUUUUUACAUCAUUCUGAGACUGAAGGGCAAAGCUUUUCAUUGUUAUUUGUUUAUCACCAUUUGCUACUCCGAAAAAUUCUGGUCGAUAGCAAUGCAUUUUCUAGUUUUAGAGGCAUUACAUGCAAUUUUUUUUCAUAUACUUGUCAUAUAAGUGCAAGUUAUAAUUAGUUAUUUGUCUUAUUAGCCAUUUUAAAAUAAGUUCCUUUUUCAGCAAAAAAGAGCAGAAAUAGUUGAGGGGGACAAGGGAAAUAACUCUAAUUAUAGAGGAGUAAAUUUUGUGUCAGAAGAGGUAAAGCAGAAAACUGAUCUUUUCUAUGUAUGAUAGAGAGUAUAUAUUUUUAUAUUAUAAUAUUGUUAGCUUUUCAGAUUUACAAUGAAAUGUACAUGAUCAGAUGUAAUUACAGUCUUGUGGUACAGACUCACCAAAUAUAUGGGAAUUUUUUAAAUAUAAAAACCUACAGAAAAACUUACAAAACUGACAGUUUUCCUUUGAUAAGAAAUGUUGUUUUUUCUUUGCAUUGCCUUAACCAUAUUUUUAUAGUUGACAGGAAACAGUUGGAAAUUUAGAGAUUCAAUUUCUUUCUUUAAACAUUAGUGAAGUAAGCCUAUAGGGUUUUUUUUUUCACCGGGAAGGGGGGGGGGGGGGGGUAAUUGACUUUCCUUUUAGGUGCUAUAUGUUAUUCUGUUCGAGUAUCUGUAUCAUUAUGUUAAUUGUCCAUCUGAAUUGUCCACUGUCUGCUUUGGUACAGCUACCCGCCGCUGUAUCUGCUGUGUUUAAGCUUUGUCUGUUGUCUGUGUGUUAGAUCUGAUGUUUUUUGUUGAUCUCAGGACUUCCCUGUAUUUAGUAGCAUCUGAAAUCCUCAUAUCGCAGUGUCACUUAGAUAUAUUCAUGUUUUCAUGAAUCAAUAAAUUCUAAAAAGAU